CGAAUAUCUAGAAAUAUAAAAAUGUAACAUUUUGCAAUAUUAAGUAUUGAUGGCUAACCAACAACGCAUGAUUGUUUUGUAGGACUACAGACAACUUGAGGAGAUCAAGCCACUUAUUUCAGUUCACAGAGACAAAAUGGCUUACAUUGAUAGCAAAAUAGAUGUACAGAAGAGGUUAGUGAAACUUUACCAUGACCAAGUUGUUAAAGUACCUGCAUUGCCUAUACAACCAGAGCAGAAUCAAAAGAAUGUCGACGAUGUGUAUGUCGAUCCCAGGAUGACUGUCUUAGACGAAGACGAUCCGAACAGAAGGGUCAGUGAAAUGAGAGAGAAAGAAAUCUCGUCAUUUUUUGACGUUUUCAAGGAAAGAGGUAACCCGAUAAAGAAUGUCUAUGUUUUUGGCGAAGCGGGCAUAGGAAAAAGUAUAUUUUGUAAAAGCAUGGUACAAAAAUGGUGUAAAGUACAUAUGGAAAGUGAUAUGGGUGGAUGAUUUUAUUUAGACAAGGAAAUGAAAAUCAUAAAAGGAUUUGAAUUCAUAUUUCUUAUUCUACUCUGGCACCAUUUAGACAAACCAACGAUUAAAAUGAUGUUAGAGGGCCAAUUUGGGCAUCCUGUACUACAGAAAAUACUGGAUACUGAAUCAGAUAAAUGUCUUAUAGUACUUGAUGGCCUCGAUGAAUGGAUUUCAAAAUCACUGUCUCAUUUGCAAAUCGAAACUAAAGGAUUGCCAGUAGGGGAUAAAGCUAAGGACUACACCGUCGUUACAACAUCUAAGCCGUGGACAAUUGAGUUACUUGGUAUGAAAAAAAAUGAAAUACAAAAAGUUAUGCUCCGAGGGAUUGACAAAAAUGCCACAAAGACACUCGUAAAGAAAACAAUCAAACUGCUGAAUGCGACUUUUGAACAGAAAAGAAGUUCGGAAACAUUUAUCAAAUAUUUAAAAACGAGUCCUUUUUCAGACAUACAGCAUUUACCCGUACUGUUACAGCAGUUGAUUUGCCUAUGGUAUGAAAACAAUGAUCUAACAUCUUCUUCAAGAUGUACCUUAUACAGGAGUAUGCUUGAACUUUCAUUCAAAUGGUCAGACCGGAAAAAGCGCAGGAAUUAUGUGUCAGAUCUUGGAUCAAAGACAAAGACUUUUCCGUCUUUGCAAAUUCCACAUGCAUUAAAUCCAGCCAGAAUGUACACUGAUUACCAAAAUACAAUAAAUAGUGCAUCAAAGUUAGCGUUUGAAGUACUGUUUAAACAACAAAAAGUAAACACCAUUUCGUUUGACAUCCAAACCUGUAAACGUCUGCAAAUACCAGUGGAUGUUUUAAAAGUCUGCGUAAAUAUUGGAAUUCUCUAUGAAGACAAAAUUGUUUGUUUUACUGCUGUUGGACAAAAUGAGUCGUCGUUUUGUUUUGUACAUAAAUCAAUCCAAGAAUUUCUUGCUGCUAUACAUAUCGCAGAUAUUUUCAAAACAUGCUCGCUAACUGAGUCAGAGCGGGAAAAAACGAUGUCUUCACAUCCAAUGACAGAACAAGAGUACACAACAACGCUUCGUCAGUUGUCGGAACUUGAUGAUACAACAUAUUUUCGUCACGUAUCAAAGGACAUAUCACCUAGACACCUUGUGCUAGAGCUGGAUGAUAUAAAGAAUCAGCAUCCACAUUUAGAGCGGGGGGAUAUAACGUCUUCACAGUCAUGUUCGCUGUCGGAGAAUAUAACGUCUCAGCACACUAGUUCGGGGAAAGAUAUAAUGUCUCCGCAAACUGUCUCGGAGCGGGAACAUAUUACGUCACCGCAUUCAAGUUCACAGACUGAGGAUGUAAGGUAUCCAAAUAUUGGUGCGGUGCCAGAGAUUAUGCCAUCUCCGCAUCAAAGUUCACAGAAGGUAGAUAUGACGCCAUCGUGUACUUAUUCCGAACGAGAUGAUACAACGUCCCUAUAUCAUCGUCUUGAGAGAGAAGACAUGUCAGAGCGGGAAUAUGCAGGGUGGCCAGAUGUUUACGAAGACUUCAUACAAAGGAUUUGUGCGCGAAUAGAAACGAUUGAAAACAUUUUAGAAGUGGCAGAUGUCUUCGUAUUUCUGUCUGGUCUGAAGCCGAGACUUACAACAUAUAUUUCAAAAUAUAUAUACAAUAUUGUUGAUCAAAGCCGCCUUGUAGUUAAGCACGGAAAUACAUUAGAUGAAUGUACGUAUUUAUAUGAAAUUCAGAAAUGUAUAUCCGGUUGUUGCGACGAAGCAAAUUCACAUGCAAUAUUUGCCAAAUGUGCUGUCUAUUUAAGAGAUUGUUUUCUCAAUGAUUCGGAAUCGGCUAUGCCAAGUUUGACCAGUUCCACUGCACAGAAUAUCAUUCCUGACAGUAUUGAAUCUUUGUCUGUAUCCUUUUCUCGAGAAUGUCCGUUAUUUAGAGGACGUUCUACAUGUGAUAUCUGCAGAGUACUGACUCAUUUCUUAUCCUUAUGCGGAUUGACAAAGUUAGCACUUAAGGAUAAGAGAACCAAAAUAGAUGAUGGACAUAUACGUCUGAUUAAAAAAAUAUUGGAGACAAAUACACAGAGUUUACGGACGGUGUCGGUGAGCUACAGUUUUGGAGGCAAGUCUUACUUGAAAGGUAUGGAAUUGGAAUCGUUUGAACCUUUGAUAACAUCUUUUCCAAAACUGAAUCAGUUGACCGCUUUAAAGCUACAGAUCAUCAACCUACCACAUGAGCAGUGUAACUUUUUUGAAUCAUAUUUAGCAGACACAGUUCGCUUACAAGAGUUAUCUCUCGAUAUAGAGUGCGAGGGUAAAGAUGACCACGAGAUUGACAUGGCAACGCACGCUACUCUUCAGUAUCUAGAAAUUGGAGAUAGCUUUACAGUAAGGAAUGUUAACACAAAGCAUUGUAUGACAGUAAAGUAUAAAAUUAAACGGUCAAAUGAUUCGUCUAUCAACCGACUGUUUCGUUUUCUGGAGUCAGUCAACCUCAAAUAUGUCAGUUUACGGGGAAACCGUGAUGGUGAUUCUGCAUCUGCAGCUUUUACGCAUAAACUUUGUUCACUCCUUGUAAAGUCACCUUAUCUCCGUGCUAUUGAACUUGACAGUCUCGAAAUAACUGAUAAUAUCCUGACACUCCCGUAUCGAUUGGCCAGCCUGAAACGCAUUGACCUGUCUGAGGUCACAAUGACAUUAAGAGCAUAGGAGACAUUUAUCCAUUGUCUUCCUUACAUACCAAAUGAUGUGCAUGUGAAAACGCUAUGUUUGGUUAUCAGUUUACCAGUACGUAGUGUCUCCCCAAUUAACAGAACAUCAAAAAAUCGCGAACCCGAGGAACCUCUAGAUUAUGUUAGGAAUCACAAUGAAUUAUUUCAUAUCACAAGGGAUGACGGUUAUCUGUUUGAAUUUUCCACGCGUAAGAACGACAGUUAUGCCGAUUAACAACGGAAGAGAUUAAGUUAUUAAGACCGCGCAAAACGGUGUCAUUUCGUUAAUUCAUUCAGUUGCUCUUAUGAUUGUGUUUUUUUUUUUCAUUCUAUACUUACAUUUCAUUUCAGUGGCAGAAAAUAGAAAAUUGAUAACAUACAAAGAUACGUUUGAUUUUGACAUUAUGUAUAAAGUUGAAGCAGACAGGAUUUGGUAAAUUUGGUUUUUAUGAACGGUCUACACACGAGCGAUUCUUUAACAAGACAAGAAAUAUGUACUUUUUGACAUCUUCAAAAUAUGAAAAAUUCGAUAUUACGUGCUUAGAUGUUUUUGUGCGUUUUAUAAAAGUAAAAUAAAUUGAAUAGCUCUGUGAUACGUGUGACUGUACUUGAUUUUCAGGAAAUAAUACACGCAGCUUAUUUUUGUUCUGUUAUAUACUACAAAAAUUGAUUUAGCCAAAAGUAGCUUUUUAUGUAGAUUAUAUUAUUUGGGGAGGUCCGUUACUGAUAGGGCUGGGACGAUUUCAAAAUUAUGAAACCGGUUAAUCAUUGUUUGAAAUCGAAUCGAACCGGUUAAUCGGCUGCCAUAUUGAAAAUGCUGUUUUCUUUCCUGACGAUCGUACCAAGGUACUUCAAGUAGCUGGCUUCAUUAGAAACUUACCGACUUUAUCGUUUGCAAGCAGGGUGACAAUUUAUAAGACAUAUUUUGGUGUAUUUUAUUUCAAAUAUAUCACGACAUGCAAAUCCGAGAGUAUUAAUUGCGUUUUUGCGGAAAUAAUCUGUGGUUCUAUAAACUGAUCAAAGGAAUGUAAAAAGAUGAAGUACAACUCGUGAUGUUUAUUGUUUUAGAGCGAUUGCCGGUUUUGCAAAAUUGAAACCGGUGUCACCUAGUAAUCGAAUCGGAUCCGAUUAAGCGAGUAAUCGUCCCAGUCCUAGUUACUGACGUCUGUAAAGAAUUUAGAAUAUUUAAGCAUCUAAAUCUACGAAAAAAUCAAAAGUGUUUAGAAACAUUCUUGAAAGCCUGGUAUUUAGGCUCUGACUUGACGUAGUCUUAACACAGCUUUAUUCCAGUCUUUGUAGCCGUUACAACUACUUACAUUGAUUGCAUAUGAAAAACCAUUACAU